AUGGGUUGCUAUCAAUCACGUGUUCAAGUAGAAGAUAAAACAAACGAACAAUUAGAUAAAUAUCUUGUACAAGCCGGUAAAGAGGGUUUGUUAGAUUUUAGAAUAUUAUUGUUGGGUGCUGGUGAAAGUGGUAAAUCCACUGUUGUAAAACAAUUAAAAUCAAUAUAUAAAAUUCAAGUCGAUGAUGAUGAAUUACAUAGUUAUGCUGUAAAUAUUCAUAAAAAUACAGUACUUUGUAUGCAAGUUUUAUUAGAAGCUGGUGAAACUUUAGGUAUUGAAUUAACUGACCCCGAAACAAAGAAAAGAGCAAUUAAUGUUAAAUCAUUCCAAUUUGAACCAGAAGUUAAACAAAUGCCAGUUAGUAUAGGUUUAGAUAUUGAAGAAUUAUGGAGGGAUGAAGAUAUUCAAAAGAUUUGGGAUAGAAGAUCAGAAUAUUGGUUUUUAGAUGCAACACCAUAUUAUUUCGAAAAUAUUCAAAGAUUUUUAGAUGAUGAUUUCGUACCAACUGAAGAAGAUUGUAUUAUGACACGUGUUAGAACUACAGGUAUCUCUGUAACUGAAUUUGAUGAAGGUCCAGUUCAUUUCCGUGUUGUUGAUGUUGGUGGUCAAAGAAAUGAAAGAAAGAAAUGGAUUCAUUGUUUUGAUGAUGUUAAAGCAUUAUUAUUUGUUGUAAAUUUAGCUGGUUAUGAUCAAGUUAUGUUUGAAGAUCCUUCACAAAAUAGAAUGCAAGAAUCAUUAACAUUAUUUGGACAAAUUUGUAAUAAUCCAAUAUUUUCAGAGACCCCAACAUUUUUGGUAUUAAAUAAAAAAGAUUUAUUUGAACAAAUGAUUCAAAAAACUGAUCUUAGUAAAUGUUUCCCAGACUAUAAGGGUGGUUCAGAUGUAAAGACAGCAUUGGAAUUCAUUCAAAUGAAAUAUCAACAAAAGAUUCAAGAAUCAAAUAAACCUUUACAUACAUUCCAUAUUGCUGCUCGUUAUAAAAAAGAUAUUAAAUACACAUGGGAAGAAGCAAAAGGUAUACUUUUAGAAGAAAAUAAAAAGGUUUUAAUGAAAGCAACAAAAGAUUUAAAGAAAUCUUCAAAACAAUCAAGUAAAUCAUCUUUAGGUAAUAGUACUCAAAAUAAUAGUAAUAAUAACAAUAAUAAUAAUAAUAGUAAUAAUAAUAAUGGCCAAACUACAAUUGAUGGUGCAACCGCCAAAAUUAAUUCUUAA